AUGGACGGCGAGACACCUGUUGCCUUCGAAGAGGAAGAUGAGGAAGAAGAGACGGCGUCUCAGAAAGUGGAGUCCACGGACAGAGCGCCAGCUAAGAGUUUGCCGCGGAAAAGUGGUUCCCUCGGCCAACCUUUGACCAGCGCAGAGAGCGAAGACACGGACAAAGAGACUUCAGGAAAACUCUCCACCAAAAGACUCGUGCGGACCAUCGUGGAGCAGACGCACCUCCACAUGCUGUGCACGCCCGUUCCGGAGGAGUUUCUGGACCAGAACGUGGUAUUUUUUCUCCGAAACACCAAAGAGUCGGUCGCCGAAGCCACUGACAUGAAGGAGGCCAUGGAAAUCAUGCCCGAAACGCUGGAGUACGGAAUCGUAAAUGCUCACGUGCUUCGUUUGCUGAGGGAUGUCAUAUGUCAGGUCUUCUUGCCAGCAUUGUCCUUCAAUCAGCACAAGAUGGACGCGACCUUGGGACUUGCACCCGGAGAGUUCUCCGAUUCCUCCAAGUUUGAAGUGGACCUCUCCAGCGUGCCCGGGGAACCCGGAGAGUCUCACAGUGUUCAGUUAAUACGGGAUGAAUUUUUAAUGAACCUUCAGAAAUUUGCAAACGGUAUUCAGAGAACCAUGCAGCAACUGGAAGGUGAGAUCAAGUUAGAAAUGCCGAGCGUCAGUGUGGAGGGAGAGGUGUCUGAGCUGGCAGCUGACCCGGAAACCGUUGAAGUCUUGGAGCAAUGUGUGAUAAACUGGCUGAAUCAGAUAUCCGCAGCUGUCCAGGACCAGCUGAAGAAGACACCUCAGGGUCACGGCCCUCUGGCUGAAAUUGAAUUCUGGCGGGAAAGAAAUGCGACCUUAAGUGCGCUUCACGAGCAAACAAAGCUCCCGGUGGUCAGAAAAGUCUUGGAUGUGAUCAAGGAGGCAGACUCUAUGCUCGUGGCCAACGUGCAGCCGGUCCUGACCGAGUUGUUCAAGUUCCACACGGAGGCCUCGGACAACGUGCGCUUUCUUUCCACCGUGGAGCGUCAUUUCAAGCCUCGCACCCCGGGUGGCGGCGCAGCGAAGGCGGCGGCGGGGCUUCCCGCCCUGCACUUCCUGAAACCGAGGAGGCUCCUGGGUUCGAACCGCCCACCCGGGACACGGCUCGCGGCCCGCAGCCCUGCCCCUGCCCGCCACGCCAUCUCCUGGCUUUGCAGAGAAAACCGAACGAGCGCACAGCACAAAACCCUGGAGGCCAAGAACACCCUGAAGCUGUGGAAGAAGGCCUACUUCGACGUCCGCGCCAAGAUCGAGGCCUCGGGGAGAGAGGCCCGAUGGGAGUUUGACCGGAAGCGGCUGUUCGAGAGGACGGAUUACAUGGCCUCCAUCUGCCGGGACCUGUACGCAGUUCUGCAGGUCAUGGAGGAAUUUCACAACAUAUUUGGUCCAGAACUCAAGGCCGUGACAGGGGAUCCCAAGCGCAUCGAUGACGUCCUGUGCAGGGUGGACGGCUUGGUCACCCCCAUGGAAAGCCUGACCUUUGACCCCUUCAGCAUCAAGUCCUCCCACUUCUGGAAAUACGUGAUGGAUGAGUUCAAGAUUGAAGUUAUGAUUGACAUCAUUAAUAAACUCUUCGUCCAGAACCUGGAAAACCCUCCACUGUAUAAGAACCUCCCGCCCGUGGCGGGUGCGAUCUGCUGGGAACGGUCCCUGUUCCAUCGCAUGAAGCACACCAUCUUGAGAUUUCAAGAAGUGGAGGAGAUACUGGAGGGUGACCGGGGACAGGAAGUGAAACAGAAAUAUCUGGAAGUGGGCAGGACGAUGAAGGAGUACGAGGACAGGAAGUACGAGCAGUGGAGAGACGCCACGGAGCAGGUCCUCCCAAACCUCAUGAAGAAGAGUCUCCUGACCAAGUUGUCCACCGCUGUCGACGAGCCCUUGACUGCAGAGAGGGGAGCUGUGUUUGCCAUCAAUUUUUCACCUGCGCUCAAAGAAAUUAUUCAUGAAACAAAGUACUUGGAACAGCUGGGGUUCAUUGUCCCUGAAUUAGCAAGAAAUGUUGCUCUCCAGGAAGACAAAUUCCUUAGGUACACAGACGGGAUACAGCGCAUGUUGGAUCACUAUCACAUGCUCAUAGGGACGCUGAGCGAGGCGGAGACUGUUCUUCUUGACGAUCACGCCCAGGAAUUAAUCCGGGUGUUUAGGUCUGGAUAUAAGAGGCUGAACUGGAACUCACUAGGUAUCGGUGACUACCUAACUCGGUGCAAGCAGGCCGUUGGGAAAUUCGAGUCUCUCGUGCACCAGAUCCAUAAGAAUGCGGAUGACAUUGCCUCCAGGCUCGUGCUAAUAGAGGGCAUGAAUCUCUUUAAAUAUCCAGCACCCAAAAGCGAGGAAGAGCUGCCAGAUUUGCAGUCUUUUAACGCGUUAAUCCUUGGAAACGUCCCUCUGUUCCAAACGGAAACCAUUCUGACCGCUCCGGAGAUCAUCCUUCACCCCAACGCCAGCGAGAUCGACAAAAUGUGCGUCCACUGCGUCCGCAACUGCGUGGAGAUCAGCAAGAAUUUUGUGCGAUGGAUGAAUGGCAGCUGCAUAGAAUGCCCUCCUCAGAAGGGGGAGGAAGAAGAAGUUGUCGUAAUCAGCUUUUACAAUGACAUUUCUGUGACUCCUCAGAUAGUUGAGCAAGCUGUUAUGAUCCCCCAAAACAUCCACAGGAUCCUGGUCAAUCUCAUGAAGUACCUGCAGAAAUGGAAGCGGUAUCGACCUCUCUGGAAAUUGGACAAAGCUAUUGUGAUGGAGAAAUUUGCGGCCAGGAAACCCCCUUGUACGGCAUACGACGAGAAGUUGCAGUUCUACUCCAAGACAGCCAGCGAGGUCAUGCGCCACCCUUUAGUUAAGGACGAGCGCUGCAUCAGGCUCCAGCUCGGGCCGCUGGCGAACACAGUGCAGGAAAACGCCAAGUCCUGGGUGGUUUCCCUUGGAAAACUUCUCAACGAGUCAGCAAAGGAGGAGCUGUACAGUCUCCAUGAAGAGAUCGAGCACCUGGCCAGAAACCUUAGGAAGAGCCCCGGUACCCUUGAAGAUCUCAAGUUUGUCCUUGCCACAAUUGCAGAAAUUAGAAGUAAAUCUUUAGUCAUGGAACUAAGAUACAGGGACGUCCAGGAGCGAUACCGCACCAUGGCGAUGUAUAACCUCUUUCCUUCCGAUGCAGAGAGAGAACUCGUUGAAAAUAUCGAGAGCAUGUGGUCCAGUCUGUUCAAUGAGUCGGUGAAUGUGGAACAUGCUCUCGGGGGUAUAAAGAGAACUUUCACAGAGAUUACUCGAGGCGAAAUAGCGAACUACCGAAUUCUGAUAGAGGAGUUUUCAAAACGUUUUUACAGCGAAGGGCCUGGUUCUGUUGGUGAGGAUCUUGAUAAAGGAGUGGAACUUCUUGGCGAGUUCGAAAGAGAGCUGGCCAAACACGAAAAGAACCGCCAGGAGCUGGCCAACGCCGAGAAACUCUUCGACCUUCCCAUCACGAUGUACCCGGAGCUGCUCAAAGUGCAGAAGGAGAUGAGCGGGUUGAAGAUGAUUUACGAGCUCUAUGGAGGCCUGAAGAUUGCAAAGGAAGAAUGGUCUCAGACCCUCUGGGCCAACCUGAAUGUGCAGUUUCUCCAGGAAGGAAUCGAAGGUUUUCUCAAGGCUCUCAGAAAGCUGCCUCGGCCGGUCCGCAGCCUGUCAGUGGCCUACCAUUUGGAGAUGAAAAUGAAGGCAUUCAAAGACUCCAUUCCUUUACUUCUUGACUUGAAACACGAGGCACUAAGAGACAGGCACUGGAAAGAGCUCAUGGAGAAAACGGGCGUCUUUUUUGAAACGACCGAUACGUUCACCUUGGAAAAUAUGUUUGCGAUGGAACUUCACAGACACACGGACGUUCUCAAGGAGAUUGUCACCUCGGCUAUCAAGGAGGUCGCCAUCGAGAAGGCUGUGAAGGAAAUCCUGGACACGUGGGAAAACAUGAAAUUCACUGUGGUCAAGUAUUACAAAGGCACGCAGGAGCGAGGCUACAUUUUGGGCUCUGUUGAUGAAAUUAUUCAGUCUCUCGAUGACAACACUUUCAACCUGCAGAGCAUCUCAGGAAGCAGAUUUGUGGGGCCUUUUCUGCAAACUGUUCACAAAUGGGAAAAAACACUUUCUCUAAUAGGGGAAGUUAUUGAGAUUUGGAUGUUGGUUCAGAGAAAAUGGAUGUAUCUUGAAAGCAUUUUUAUUGGCGGAGAUAUAAGAUCACAACUUCCGGAUGAGGCAAAGAAGUUUGACAACAUCGACAGAAUAUUUAAAAGGAUCAUGGGCGAGACCUUGAAGGACCCCGUGAUCAAGCGCUGCUGCGAGGCCCCGAACCGCCUCCACGACCUGCAGAACAUCGGCGAGGGCCUGGAGAGGUGCCAGAAGAGCUUGAACGACUACUUGGACUCCAAGAGAAACGCCUUCCCGAGGUUCUUCUUCAUCUCCGACGACGAGCUGCUCAGCAUCCUGGGCAGCAGCGACCCGCUGUGCGUGCAGGAGCACAUGAUAAAGAUGUACGACAACAUAGCGUCGCUGCGGUUUAACGACGGGGACAGCGGGGAGAAACUGGCGUCGGCGAUGAUUUCGGCGGAAGGCGAAGUCAUGGAGUUUCGGAAGGUCAUCCGGGCCGAAGGGCGGGUGGAGGACUGGAUGACGGCGGUGCUGAACGAGAUGAGAAGGACCAACAGACUCAUCACCAAGGAGGCCAUUUUCAGAUACUGCGAGGACAGAAGCCGGGUCGACUGGAUGCUCCUGUACCAGGGCAUGGUGGUGCUGGCCGCCAGCCAGGUGUGGUGGACCUGGGAGGUGGAGGACGUCUUCCGCAAAGUGCGGGACGGGGAGAAGCAGGCCAUGAAGAACUACGGCCGGAAGAUGCACCGGCAGAUCGAUGAGUUGGUGACGCGCAUCACCACGCGCUUAAGCAAAAACGACAGGAAGAAAUACAACACCGUCCUCAUCAUCGACGUGCACGCCAGAGACAUCGUGGAUUCUUUCAUAAGGGGCAGCAUUCUCGAAGCCCGGGAGUUCGAGUGGGAAAGUCAGCUGCGGUUUUACUGGGACCGAGAGCCAGACGAGCUGAACAUCCGGCAGUGCACGGGGACCUUCGGCUACGGCUACGAGUACAUGGGCCUGAACGGGCGGCUGGUCAUCACUCCCCUCACCGACCGCAUCUACCUGACGCUCACCCAGGCCCUGUCCAUGUAUCUGGGCGGCGCCCCUGCUGGCCCGGCAGGUACGGGCAAAACCGAGACCACCAAGGACCUGGCGAAAGCUCUGGGCUUGCUCUGCGUCGUAACCAACUGCGGCGAAGGCAUGGAUUACAAAGCCGUGGGGAAGAUUUUCUCUGGCCUUGCGCAGUGCGGGGCUUGGGGCUGCUUUGACGAGUUUAAUCGCAUCGACGCCUCUGUGCUCUCAGUUAUCUCGUCUCAGAUCCAGACCAUCCGAAACGCUCUGAUCCAUCAGUUAACCACGUUCCAGUUCGAAGGGCAGGAGAUCACGCUGGACUCGCGAAUGGGCAUCUUCAUCACCAUGAACCCCGGCUACGCGGGCCGCACGGAGCUGCCCGAGUCGGUGAAGGCCCUGUUCAGGCCGGUGGUGGUGAUCGUGCCUGACCUGCAGCAGAUCUGCGAGAUCAUGCUCUUCUCCGAGGGCUUCCUCUGGGCCAAGACCCUGGCGAAAAAGAUGACCGUUCUGUACAAGCUGGCCCGGGAGCAGCUCUCCAAGCAGCAUCACUACGAUUUCGGACUCAGGGCCCUGAAAUCGGUGCUGGUGAUGGCUGGCGAGCUGAAGAGAGGCUCCUCUGACCUCAGGGAGGUCACACCUGGUUCCGUAACUGGAGACUUCUUUGGUCGCCGCAGGUAUAUUCUAUUUGACGGGGACGUGGAUGCCCUGUGGGUGGAAAACAUGAACUCCGUGAUGGACGACAACAGGCUGCUGACCUUGGCCAACGGGGAGCGCAUCCGGCUGCAGGCGCACUGCGCCCUGCUCUUCGAGGUCGGAGAUUUGCAGUACGCCUCCCCUGCCACCGUCUCUCGAUGUGGGAUGGUUUACGUGGAUCCUAAAAACUUGAAAUAUGAACCGUACUGGAAAAAAUGGGUUAAUCGAAUACAAAACAAGCUGGAGCAAAGCAACUUAGAUGGUCUCUUCAGGAAAUACGUGCCCUACCUCAUCGACGUGAUCGUCGAGGGGAUCGUGGACGGGAGACAGGGCGAGAAGCUGAAGACGAUCGUGCCUCAGACGGACCUAAACAUGGUGGCCCAGUUAACCAAGAUGCUGGAUGCGUUGCUGGACGGAGAGGUAGAGGACCCUGAGCUGCUGGAGUGCCACUUCCUGGAGGCGCUGUACUGCUCGCUGGGGGCCGCCCUGCUCGAGGACGGAAGGGCCAGAUUUGACGAGUGUAUUAAACGCAUCGCUUCUUUGCCCACCGCCGACACGGAAGGAGUCUGGGCCAAACCCGGGGAAUUGCCAGGUCACCUCCCCACCUUGUAUGACUUCCACUUCGACAGCACGCGAAGGCAGUGGAUCCCGUGGAGUAGGUUAGUCCCAGAGUACGUCCAUUCUCACCAGAGGAAGUUCGUCGACAUCCUGGUUCAUACAGUGGAUACCACCCGGACUACCUGGAUAUUGGGACAAAUGGUUAAAAUUAAGCACCCCGUUAUUUUUGUUGGUGAAUCUGGCACUUCGAAGACAGCCACUACCCAGAACUUCCUCAAAAAUCUGAACGAAGAAACAAACAUUGUGUUAACGGUCAAUUUCUCCUCCCGCACCACGUCCAUGGAUAUCCAGAGAAAUUUAGAGGCAAAUGUGGAAAAGCGAACCAAAGACACUUACGGCCCGCCCAUGGGAAAGCGCCUGCUGGUGUUCAUGGACGACAUGAACAUGCCCAAGGUGGACGAAUACGGCACCCAGCAGCCGAUCGCCUUGCUGAAACUGCUGCUGGAGAAGGGCUACUUGUAUGACCGGGGGAAGGAGCUGAACUGCAAGAGCAUUCGCGACCUCGGCUUCAUCGCCGCCAUGGGAAAAGCCGGCGGAGGCCGCAACGAAGUCGACCCGAGAUUUAUUUCGCUGUUCAGUGUCUUCAACGUGCUGUUCCCUUCAGAGGAGUCUUUGCAUUUAAUUUACUCCUCCAUCCUGAAAGGCCAUACCUCGACAUUUCACGAGAGCGUUGUGGCCGUGAGUGACAAGCUGACGUUCUGCACGUUGGCACUCUACAGAAGUAUCGUUCAGGACCUGCCUCCCACUCCAUCGAAGUUCCAUUACAUCUUUAACCUUCGUGAUCUCUCCCGAGUCUUUAACGGUCUUGUCCUCACUAACCCAGUGAGGUUCCAGACGGUGGCCCAGAUGGUGAGAGUGUGGAGGAACGAGUGCCUCAGAGUCUUCCACGACCGGCUGAUCAAUGACACAGACAAGCAGCUGGUACAAGAGCACAUAAGAAGCUUGGUCACGGAACAUUUUACCGAUGACUUGGAGACGGCGAUGAGGGAUCCCAUACUGUUCGGAGACUUCCGGAUGGCUCUGCACGAAGGGGAGCCACGUGUGUACGAAGACAUCCAGGACUACGAGGCGGCCAAGGCCCUGUUCCAGGAAAUUCUUGAAGAGUAUAAUGAAAGCAACACCAAAAUGAACUUGGUUCUCUUUGACGACGCCCUGGAGCACUUAACCCGCGUGCACCGCAUCAUCCGGAUGGACCGCGGCCACGCCCUGCUGGUGGGGGUCGGCGGCUCGGGGAAGCAGUCGCUGGCGCGGCUGGCCGCCUUCACAGCCGGCUGUGAGGUGUUCGAGAUCAUGCUGAGCCGAGGCUACGCGGAGAACAAUUUCCGGGAUGACCUGAAGAACCUUUAUCUGAAACUUGGGAUUGAGAACAAAACGAUGAUCUUUCUGUUCACGGACGCCCACGUGGCCGAGGAGAGCUUCCUGGAGCUCAUCAACAACAUGCUGACCUCAGGAAUCGUACCUGCGCUGUUUGCCGAAGAGGAGAAGGAGUCCGUCCUCAAUCAGGUUGGACAAGAGGCUGCGAAGGCGGGCAUGGGGCCGGCCAAGGAGUCCGUGUGGCAGUUCUUUGUGAACAAAAGUGCAAACAACCUGCACAUCGUCCUGGGCAUGUCGCCUGUGGGGGACACCCUGAGGACCCGGUGCAGAAAUUUCCCAGGUCUGGUAAACAACACUGGCAUCGACUGGUUCAUGCCCUGGCCUCCCCAAGCCCUGCAUGCGGUGGCUAAGUCAUAUUUAGGGGAUAACCCGCUGAUCCCGCUGGAAAACAUGGAGGAUCUGGUGGAGCAUGUCGCUCUGGUUCACGAAUCCGUGGGCCAGUUCAGCAAACGAUUUCUGCAGAAACUGAGACGCAGCAACUACGUGACUCCCAAGAACUACCUCGAUUUUAUUAACACCUACUCAAAACUGCUGGAUGAGAAAACUCAGUAUAACAUAGCCCAGUGCAGGCGUCUGGAGGGGGGCCUGGACAAGCUCAAGGAGGCCACCAUUCAGCUGGACGAGCUGAACCAGAAGCUGGCCGAGCAGAAGAUCGUGCUGGCGGAGAAGUCGGCCGCCUGCGAGGCCCUGCUGGAGGAGAUCGCCGCCAACACCGCCAUAGCGGAGGAAAAGAAGAAGCUCGCAGAAGAGAAGGCCAUGGAGAUAGAGGAGCAGAACAAGAUCAUCGCGGUGGAGAAGGCCGAGGCCGAGACGGCCCUUGCCGAGGUCAUGCCCAUCCUGGAGGCCGCUAAGCUGGAGCUGCAGAAGCUGGACAAGUCGGACGUGACGGAGAUCAGGUCGUUCGCUAAGCCCCCGAAGCAGGUGCAGACGGUCUGCGAGUGCAUCCUCAUCAUGAAAGGGCACAGAGAGCUCAACUGGAAAACCGCCAAAGGCGUGAUGUCUGACCCGAAUUUCCUGAGGUCUCUGAUGGAGAUCGAUUUCGAUUCAAUUUCCCACAGCCAGGUUAAGAAUAUCAAAGGCCUCCUGAAGACUCUCAACACCACGAUCGAGGAGAUGGAAGCCGUGAGCAAGGCCGGGCUGGGAAUGCUGAAGUUCGUGGAGGCUGUGAUGGGCUACUGUGACGUCUUCAGAGAGAUCAAGCCCAAAAGAGAAAAGGUGGCCAGGCUGGAGCGGAAUUUUUUCCUGACGAAGCGGGAACUAGAACGGAUCCAGAACGAGCUGGCGGCGAUCCAGAAGGAACUGGAAGCUUUGGGUGCCAAGUACGAGGCGGCCAUCCUGGAAAAGCAAAAGCUGCAGGAGGAAGCCGAGAUCAUGGAGCGGCGGCUGAUCGCCGCGGACAAGCUCAUCUCAGGCCUGGGCUCGGAAAACGUCAGGUGGCUGAAGGACCUGGACGAGCUGAUGCACCGGCGCGUCAAGUUGCUGGGAGACUGCCUGCUCUGCGCCGCCUUCCUGAGCUACGAAGGCGCCUUCACCUGGGAGUUCCGCCACGAGAUGGUCAACGAGAUUUGGCAGAACGACAUCCUGGAGCGGGACAUCCCCCUGAGCCAGCCGUUCCGCCUCGAAAGCCUGCUCACGGACGACGUGGAGAUCAGCAGGUGGGGCUCCCAGGGGCUGCCCCCCGACGAGCUGUCGAUUCAGAACGGCAUCCUCACCACCCGCGCCAGCCGCUUCCCGCUCUGCAUCGACCCGCAGCAGCAGGCGCUCAACUGGAUAAAGAGGAAGGAAGAGAGGAACAACCUGCGGGUUGCUUCCUUCAAUGACCCCGACUUCCUCAAGCAGCUGGAGAUGUCCAUAAAGUACGGGACUCCUUUCCUGUUCCACGACGUUGACGAAUACAUCGACCCUGUGAUUGAUAACGUCUUAGAGAAAAACAUAAAAUUCUCCCAAGGACGGCAGUUUAUUAUACUGGGAGACAAGGAGGUUGACUACGAUCCAAAUUUCAGGCUGUACCUAAACACCAAGCUGGCCAACCCCAGAUACGGCCCGUCCGUGUUCGGGAGAGCCAUGGUGAUCAAUUACACCGUCACGCUCAAGGGCCUGGAGGACCAGCUGCUGAGUGUGCUGGUGGCCUACGAGAGGCGAGAGCUGGAGGAGCAGCGGGAGCACCUCAUCCAGGAGACCAGCGAGAAUAAGAACCUGCUCAAGGACCUGGAGGACUCGCUCCUGCGGGAGCUGGCAACCUCCACGGGGAACAUGCUGGACAACGUGGAGCUGGUGCAGACCCUGGAGGAGACCAAGUCCAAAGCCACGGAGGUAUCGGAGAAGCUCAAGCUGGCGGAGAAGACAGCCUCGGACAUCGACCGGCUGCGGGACGGCUACCGGCCGGCCGCCAGGAGGGGCGCCAUCCUGUUCUUCGUGCUGUCGGAGAUGGCCCUCGUGAACUCCAUGUACCAGUACUCCCUGGUCGCCUUCUUGGAGGUCUUCGGGUUGUCGCUGAAGAAGUCGCUGCCCGAUUCCAUUCUCACGAAGCGACUGAAGAACAUCAUGGACACGCUGACCUUCAACAUCUAUAACUACGGCUGCACAGGGUUGUUUGAGAAGCACAAGCUACUCUUUUCUUUUAAUAUGACUAUCAAGAUAGAACAAGCAGAAGGGAGAGUCCCCCAGGAGGAACUAGAUUUCUUUUUAAAAGGGAACAUCUCCCUGGAGAAAAGCAAACGAAAAAAGCCGUGUGCGUGGCUGUCUGACCAGGGAUGGGAAGAUAUCAUUCUUUUAUCAGAAAUGUUUUCAGACGACUUUGGGCGACUCCCUGAUGAUGUUGAGAAUCAUCAGACGGUCUGGCAGGAGUGGUAUGACGUGGAUUCACUCGAGCAGCUUCCAUUCCCCUUGGGUUACGAUAAAAACAUCACCCCUUUCCAGAAGUUGCUUAUUUUGCGCUGUUUCCGUGUGGAUCGGGUGUAUCGGGCGGUGACCGACUACGUGACUGUCACAAUGGGAGAGAAGUACGUGCAGCCCCCGAUGAUCAGCUUCGAGGCCAUUUUCGAGCAGAGCUCACCAAACUCGCCCAUCGUGUUCAUCCUGAGUCCCGGCUCUGACCCUGCCAGCGACCUCAUGAAACUAGCCGAGCGCAGCGGCUUCGGAGGCAACCGCCUCAAAUUCCUUGCAAUGGGUCAAGGUCAGGAAAAGGUGGCGCUGCAGCUGCUGGAGACGGCCGUGGCUCGCGGGCAGUGGCUGAUGCUGCAGAACUGCCAUCUCCUGGUCAAGUGGCUGAAAGACCUGGAGAAGUCCCUGGAGAGGAUCACCAAGCCCCACCCCGACUUCCGCCUGUGGCUCACCACGGACCCCACGCGGGGCUUCCCCGUCGGGAUUCUGCAGAAGUCCUUGAAGGUUGUCACGGAGCCGCCCAACGGGCUGAAACUGAACAUGAGGGCCACUUACUUCAAGAUCUCCCACGACACGCUGCAGCAGUGCCCACACCCGGCCUUCAAGCCGCUGGUCUACGUGCUGGCGUUCUUCCACGCGGUGGUGCUGGAGCGCAGGAAGUUCGGGAAGAUCGGCUGGAACGUGUACUACGACUUCAACGAGUCCGACUUCCAGGUCUGCAUGGAAAUUCUGAACACGUACCUAACGAAAGCCUUCCAGCAGCGCGACCCCAGGAUCCCGUGGGGCAGCCUCAAGUACCUCAUUGGAGAGGUCAUGUACGGAGGACGGGCCAUCGACAGCUUUGAUCGUCGCAUCCUGACCAUCUACAUGGACGAAUACCUGGGAGACUUCAUUUUUGAUACUUUCCAGCCGUUCCACUUCUUCCGGAACAAGGAAGUGGACUAUAAAAUCCCUGCUGGUGAUGUAAAGGAAAAGUUUGUUGAAGCCAUCGAGGCCCUGCCGCUUGCAAACACGCCCGAAGUGUUUGGCCUUCAUUCCAAUGCCGAGAUCGGCUAUUACACGCAGGCGGCUCGAGACAUGUGGACUCACCUCCUGGAGCUGCAGCCUCAGACGGGGGAAUCCAGCAGUGGCGUCAGCCGCGAUGAUUACAUUGGCCAAGUGGCCAAGGACAUAGAAAACAAGAUGCCCAAAGUCUUUGACUUGGACCAGGUCAAGAAGCACCUCGGCGCCGGGAUCUCGCCCACGUCCGUGGUGCUGCUGCAGGAGCUGGAGCGCUUCAACAGGCUCGUGGGGCGGAUGACCAGGUCUCUGGCCGAGCUGCAGAGGGCCUUGGCUGGAGAAGUUGGGAUGAGCAGCGAGUUAGAUGAUGUGGCCAGGUCUCUUCUGAUUGGGAGUAUCCCUAGUAUCUGGAGAAAGCUUGCCCCUGACACCUUAAAGUCCCUUGGAAACUGGAUCGUCUACUUCCUGCGGCGGUUCAGCCAGUACACGCUGUGGGUCACCGAGAGCGAGCCCAGUGUGAUGUGGCUCUCAGGGCUGCACGUCCCAGAGUCCUACCUCACGGCCCUGGUGCAGGCCACCUGCAGGAAGAACGGCUGGCCUCUGGACCGUUCCACCUUGUUCACGCAAGUGACCAAGUUCCGAGAUGCGGACGAAGUGAAUGAGCGGGCAGGACAAGGGUGCUUUGUCUCGGGACUGUACCUGGAAGGUGCCGACUGGGACAUAGAGAGAGGAUGUCUGGUCAAGAGCAAACCCAAGGUGCUGGUUGUGGACCUGCCCAUCCUGAAGAUCAUCCCCAUUGAAGCCCAUCGCCUCAAACUGCAGAAUACCUUCCGGACCCCUGUCUACACCACCUCCAUGAGAAGGAACGCCAUGGGCGUUGGCUUGGUCUUUGAAGCUGAUCUCUUUACCACGAAGCACCUUUCUCACUGGGUACUGCAAGGGGUGUGCCUCACCCUCAACUCUGAUUAG